AUGAAGGACCUUGGCGCUGGCUCAACCGUACACGGUAACUUCUGGAUCGAGCGGAUGCCUCAUUUGAGCCUCCAAAACGAAGGGAUAUGCUAUGCUUUGGUAGCACUCGGCGCGGCUCAUCAUAACUUCCUGCUGCAGAAGAGUCAGGUGGCUUGGAGACCUCAAGGCGAUAUGGACCGCUUUAUCAUUCUCCAUUAUAACCUCGCCAUCCGUUAUAUCCAACCGCUCAUGUCUAACCCUACAGCGGCCAACAUUCAAAUAAGCCUGAUCUGUUGCAUCUUGUUCAUCUGCUUUGAGAAUGUUCGUGGACAAUACUUGGAGUCCAUGAAGCAUUUGAAAUCCGGAUCACGUUUACUUGCAUCCGUACUGUCUUCCGAAUCAGGUUCGAUGCCAAUCAUGCCAAAUUCCAGGCAACCCUGUUCCCUAAACGAAGAAACGGAGCAAAGAUAUGCUUGCGAACCAGAAGAUGGGAUGGACUCUAUUGUCACUCUGUUCUCCUGUCUCGGGCUAGAUACGUCGAUGCUCGUCGAGGAUGAGGUCGUCUCGCAGCGACAAUUGUGUGGUCAAUCCAGCAUACCAGCCGCUGUGGAAACAUUUGGUCCCAUCGUGCCCUUUUCAAGCUUGAACGCAGCUAGGAAAGAGCUCCACCAGAUCGAAAUCACUCAUGACAUUUUCUACGAGAUUAUGUAUCCUUGUGACAUCUGGCAGACUAGACCAGAACAGAAGGGCCUGACGUGCAGCGAGCUACCACCGCCAAACUUCUCAGAGAAAGAUUUACAGUCUUAUCGAGGUAUAUAUCAACAAUUUAUGAGAUGGAGUGCCCGAUUCGACCUAUUCAUGGGUACCUUCCUGGGUCAAUCCGCAUCGGCAAAGGACUUGUGCGAAGCUUUCACGACCCGUCUUCAUCAGAAAACAUGGAUCGCACUACUGGAUGAAGAGCCCUGGUCGCCAAGCCAGGAAGAUGACUUUGAAGAGGGCGACCUGCGCCCCAUUGUUGAUGAGGUUGAACUUAUAAUCAGAUCUUUGCCUCCAUCACCAAGGGCCCUCUUUUCCUUUGAUGCCGCAAUCAUACCCCCGCUAUCUUUGGUUGGCUGUUUCACAAAAGACAUGGAACUACUUCAAAGGGUUGUCAUAGCGCUCAGAGCACUAGACCGCAGAGAAGGCGUUUGGGAUAGCAAAGACCUGGCGGAGGUGUUCGAAGCAUCCAUCAUCGCGCAGAAGUGUCACGGGUGGCCAAUCAAUGGAGUUUCCAAGGACGUAUUGUCGAUUGCGAAGUCCCUUCGAUCUUUGGAUAUCUCAUGCAUUUCGCCAACGAACUCCAUUGUCGAAUUAGCUUUACAGAUAGGCUAG